GUCUUCCCUGCAAAAAAAGCUGCUAUUCACCUCACCAGGACAUCUCAGAAAUCAAAAGAUUACGAUAGGAUUAGGUAUAAAGUAUUACACAAGAGGAGAGCAGCAGCUUGACGUAUUUAGAAACAUUUUCUGCUUCAUUACAUUCACUGCUGCGGAAUCAACGCUCUGGACUACAGGACCUGACAGAACUGCUGGAAAAGUUAUGGGCAAAGAAGAAGGACGGAUCGAGGAGAGAGGGUACUGGGGAAGUAAAACAGAGUUUCUUCUGGCUGUUGCAGGAAUUGUAAUUGGUCUGGGUAACGUGUGGAGGUUUCCAUACCUCUGCUACAAGAAUGGAGGAGGUGCAUUCCUGAUUCCAUACCUGGUGUUUGUGGUUACCUGUGGGGUUCCUCUGUUCCUGCUAGAGACGGCAAUGGGACAGUACACACGAGAAGGUGCCAUUACAUGUUGGCAUCGCCUCUGUCCACUGGCUGAAGGUAUUGGCUAUGCAGGACAGCUGUUAGUGUUGUAUAGUUGCAUGUAUUACAUCAUCAUUCUGGCUUGGGCGCUUUUCUACCUCUUCUUCUCCUUCAGCUCUCAACUUCCGUGGGCCAGCUGUGACAACGCCUGGAACACAGAUAACUGUGUAAAUCUUGCUGCAAAGAAUCUAAUCAACCGCACAGCAAGAAUGAAUUCAACCUCUUCAACUACUGAGUUCUGGGAGCGUAGAGUUCUGCUUCUCUCUGGAGGUAUUGAGCAGAUGGGUAACAUCAACUGGGAAAUUCUACUGUGUCUCAUUGCAAUGUGGAUUGUAUGUUAUUUUUGCGCCUGGAAAGGUGUCAAAUCUACAGGCAAGGUGGUGUAUUUCACAGCCACAUUUCCCUAUGUGAUGUUACUGGUGUUGCUGAUUCGUGGGUUGACUCUUCCUGGGGCCCUACAGGGGAUCAUGUUUUACCUGUACCCUGAACCAUCCCGUCUCGCUGACCCACAGGUUUGGAUGGAGGCAGGAUCUCAGAUCUUUUUUUCUUAUGGUUUGUGUACAGCUUGUCUUACUGUACUAGGCAGCUACAAUAAAUACACCAACAACUGUUACAGGGACUGCUUAUGGCUUUGUCUUCUGAAUAGUGGUACCAGUUUAGUGGCUGGUUUUGCUGUGUUCUCGGUCCUGGGCUUCAUGGCCCAUGAACAGGGCGCCCCCAUUGAGGAGGUGGCAGAAUCAGGUCCUGGUCUAGCAUUCAUAGCUUAUCCACAGGCAGUUGCUAUGAUGCCUCUUCCUCAGUUGUGGGCUGUGUGUUUCUUCAUAAUGAUUAUUUUGCUGGGUCUAGACACACAGUUUGUUGCAAUGGAGGUUUUUAUGACAUCAGUGACUGACCAGUUCCCCAUGGUGUUGCGCAAAGCUGGACGUCGAGAAAUGUUUCUCCUUUUCUUCUGUCUUGGUUGCUUUGUAAGCCAACUUAUCAUGGUCACAGAGGGGGGGGUGUAUGUAUUCCAGUUGUUUGACUACUUUGGUUACAGUGGAGCAAGUCUUCUUUUCAUCGCUGUGUUUGAGUCUCUGGCCAUGGGUUGGGUCUUUGGUGCUGAGAGAAUGUUUGACAUCAUUGAAGACAUGACAAAGACACGACCCAACUACAUAUUCAAACUGUGCUGGAAAUACCUGACUCCUCUUGUGUCUCUGGUGUCUCUUGUCUGCUCUCUGGUGCAGUACAAGCCCCUGACAUUUAACCGCUGGUAUGUGUACCCAGACUGGGCGUAUGCGUUAGGCUGGUUACUGGCCCUGUCCUCCAUUCUGCUGGUGCCUGGAUGGGCACUGGUUCGCCUGUUGGCUGGAAAAGGGAGCCUGCGAAAGCGUUGGCAUCUCCUGUGUAAUCCAGAUACAAACCUCCCUCUCACCUGUAAGCAACGGACCAAAAUAGAGGAAACAUCUUGUACUGCAGAGAUGAAAGUCUUAGUCAGCACUGAGGAAAACUAACACAAGAAGUAUAAAAGACUUGAAAGACAAAAACAAUGAAAGACAAUGUAAGCACAAUAAAUAAUUGCUAUUAAUAAAUGCUCUUAAUAAAUAAUGUCCUUGUCGUCAUUAAGCCUUGCGUCAAUAUAAACAUUUCAGAGAGAUCUAGUGAGACCCAUUGU